AUGAAUAGCUCAUCAACUCCUUGUGAAAACACAUCAAACAAUAUAAAUGACAAAGCGUUAGAAUGUAAUAAACAAAAUGGAAAUAAAAUUGAAUCUAGAAUUUGUCCAAAAGAUGCACAAUAUAUAUCUGAACUUAUUUUAAAUAAAGAUAACAAAAUUGAAAUAAACAAAACACAAAAUAUAGAUUCUUAUAAUUCAACAGAAAUGAGCGUAUCUAUUAAUAAUGUAUGCAUAGAUCAAGAACAAAAAAAUAAAAAAUUUUCUAUAAAUAAUGAAACAGAUGUACCGCUAUAUAAUAAAAAAAAUAAUGAAGAAUUUGAAACAAAUUAUAAUAUAAAUAAAAAUAAAGAUAUAUCUCCAAAAUUAGGAGAAAAAUAUUGUAAAUCUAUAGAUGAAGAAAAUGAAUAUAUAGAAGAUUGGGAAGUAAUUAGAAAAAGAAUAUUUGAUCCAACAUUAGGGUUAAGAAAACAUUAUGCUAAAGAAUUUUUAUCAUGUGGUGAAAAAUAUAAUACUCGUAUUUUAGAGAAAUGGUCAUCUAUGAUUGACAGAAAUAUUAAUUGGUUUAUGAAAGCACAUAAAACAACAUUUCUUAGAAGGGUAAAAAGAGGAAUUCCACAAAAAUAUAGAUGGAAAGUUUGGAUGCAUAUAACAAAUAGUAUAAGUUUAAUAAAUAAAUUUGAAAAAAAAUAUUAUUAUUUAUAUAAAAAAACUUCAAAUUAUAGUAAUCUAAUAUAUAUAGAUAUAUCAAGAACAUUUCCAGAAUUAUUAAUUUUUGAUAAAUAUGCCCAAGACCAAUUAUAUCGAAUAUUAAAUGCAUAUGCAAAUUAUGAAUCAUCAGUUGGAUAUUGCCAAGGAAUGAAUUUUAUAGUUGGGUUAUUAUUAAUUGUUAGUAACUUUAAUGAACUUGAAACAUUUUGUAUUUUAGUAAGUUUAAUGAAUAAUUAUCAUUUAAAAAAUUUCUAUAAAGAACAGUUUCCUUUACUUAAUAGAUUUAUAUAUGUUUUUGAAAAAAUUUUAAAGUUUGAAAUUCCAGAUUUAUUUGAACAUUUUAAUAAUGAAGAAGUACAUCCACCAGUUUAUUUACAUCAAUGGCUUUUAACAUUAUUUAUUGCGAGUUUACCAAUAAAAAGUGUUAUUAUUAUAUGGGAUUAUUUAUUUAGUACUAGCAUAAAAAUGAUAUUAAUUAUUUCAGUUGCUUUGUUAAAAAUUUUAAAAAAUUAUUUAGUUAAAAAUAAUUUUGAAAAAAUUCUUAAAUUGCUUAAAUCGAUGAAAUAUAAUGAAAGUAAUGAUGAUAUAUUAAUUGCUAAAUUGUUAAUAAAAAAAUCUGAAUUUGUUAUUUUAAAUACUGGAUUAGCAUAUAUUUUUGAAAAUAUAGAAAAAGAAGAUAUCCCUUUAGAUGUUAAAUUUAAAUUCUCAAUAAAUAAUAUUACAAACUUUCAUUUUAAAACUGUAACUUCAAAUUAUUCUAAAAAUGAAUUUGAAAAUAAUGAUGAAAACAAAAAUAAUAAUACAACCUUUUCCGAUCUUGAUGGUGCUUCAUUAUUAAAUUUUUUUUCCACUAAUAUUUUACCAAAAGGACAUUAUAACCAAAUUAAGGAAGAAGAUAAGGAACUUAAACAAAAUGCUAAUUAUGAUUUAAAGAAUGUUGAAAAAACAGAAAGCCAAACGAAUAUAAAUGAAAUUUAUUAUAAAAUGUUACGUAGUAAUGAAAAAAAUAAAAUAAAUAAUGAAAGUGAUAAUGAUUCCCCUUAUGAACAAAAACAAAAUAAUGAGAAAAUUGAAGAUUCGGGAUUUUACAAUAAAAAGGAAAACAAUAUAUACAAUUAUGAAUUCAUAAAACAUGAUCAGGAUGCUAACAAUUAUGAAUAUAAAGAUUUUCAAAAUAUUUCAAACUCUAAAAAUUUUACAAAUCAAACAACAGCAUCAAUAGUAAACACAAAUUCUGAAAAAAAUGAAAUAAAACAAAAUAAUAAUAGUUCUCAUAUUAUUUAUGCUAAUAGAUGUGAAGAUACAGAUUCUAAAAAAAUUAAUUAUGAAAAAUAUAAUUCGAUAAAUGUUAAAAAUGAUAAAAAAAAAAAAUCAGAAAAUAUCAAAAGACAUGCCUAUUAUUAUAAAAGUGAUGGUUUUUAUGAUGAAAAUCAAAAUUGUCAAAAUAAUAAUGAUAAUAUUUUAGCUACUAAUAAUAAUUAUAUUAUAACAAAUAAAACUAAGCAAACACGACAAAAGCUUAGCGAUGAUGAAAAAAGGGAUAUAUGUUUUGCUCAAGAAUUUAGAAAAGAAAAUAAAAAAUCUCAAAAUAAUAUAAUUGAUAAAACAAAAAUAAAAAAUCAAUUUAAAUAUAAUGAUAAAGAUAUAGAACAAAAUGGUGAACAAACACAAAUAUCUGAUAAUAGUGAAGAGUUUGCAUAUACAGGUACUAAUAAUGAUAAAGAAGAAAGUAUAUUGAACAUCUCUGAAUACAUAAAUAACAAUAGUAAUGACAAUAAUGAAAUGCAAAACAAUUCAGAAGAAAAUGGACUGAGCUUUUUUAAUUUAAUACAAACAUAUACCAAAGAUAAUAGUUGGUUUGAUGUAUCAUCUAUAAAUAAAUAUUACAAUUUUAAUAAAAAACGUUCAGAUUUUGAAUUAGAUAGUAUGGGAAUUAACAAAAAAGAAAAUUUUGAAGAUAGCAAUUAA